AUGAGCAGGACAAACCAGUCGAGUGUCUCUGAGUUCCUCCUCCUGGGGCUCCCUGGGAAGCCCCAGCAGCAGCAGCUCCUCUUUGUGCUCUUCCUGAGCAUGUACCUGGCCACGGUCCUGGGCAACGUGCUCAUCAUCCUGGCCAUCAGCACAGACUCUCGCCUCCUGCACACCCCCAUGUACUUCUUCCUCAGAAACCUGUCAUUUGUGGACCUCUGCUUCUCCUCCACCACUGUUCCCAAAAUAAUGCACAACCAUGUAGUUGGGAGUCAAGCCAUUUCUAUCCCUGGGUGUCUCACCCAGCUGUAUUUUCUCAUUGUGUUUGCUCACAUGGAGAACUUCCUCCUGGCUGUGAUGGCCUAUGACCGCUUUGUGGCUGUGUGCCACCCCUUACACUACACAACAAAGAUGACCCAUAAGCUCUGUGCCCUGCUGGUCGCUGGGUCCUGGGUCAUUGCCAAUGCGAAUUCUUUGUUGCACACCCUGAUGAUGGCUCCACUCUCGUUCUGUGCAGACAACAGGAUCCCCCACUUCUUCUGUGAUGUGACUGUCCUGAAACUCUCCUGCUCUGACACACACCUCAAUGACAUGGUCAUUUUUAUUGUAGCAGGGCUGGUAAUGAUUGCUCCAUUCAUUUGCAUCCUCAUCUCCUACAUCUUUAUUGCCUGUGCGGUCCUGAGAAUUCCAUCCACAAAGGGGAAAUGGAAGGCCUUCUCCACCUGUGGCUCCCACCUGGCUGUGGUUUCCCUCUUCUAUGGCACCAUCAUUGCUCUGUAUUUUAACCCUUCAUCUUCCCACUCAGUUGAGAAAGACAUCACAGCUACUGUGUUGUACACAGCAGUGACCCCCAUGAUGAACCCGUUCAUCUACAGCCUCAGAAACAAGGACUUGAAAGGGGCUCUACGAACAGUGAUUUUCAAAAAGAGGUUUUCUUUCUGA